GUGAACAACGGCGGCCAAACUCUUCAACCAAACUUGCAACUAUAUUAUUUAUUAUUGCAAAGAAUAUUCAAUGGAAGAAUGUCCCAUUGCCCGCUUGCAUCAUAGCAUAUAUAUAAAUUAAGCUAAAAUAGUGUCUGAGAGUCAUUAGAAACAGCAAUGAGAAUUACAUUAUUAGUUUCAUUCUUUCUGUGCUACUACUACUGCAUAUAUAUCACUCAUGCAUCUCCCAAUUGUCUUGAGGAUCAACAAUCUUUGUUGCUCCAAUUAAAAAACAAUUUCACAUUUCUUGAUCGAAAACAAUUAUAUUCUCCCAUCAUCCAUGAAAUAAUUAGUCGUUCCACCAAACUAAGAACGUGGAUUAAAACGACUGCUUGCUGCAAUUGGAGUGGUGUUACCUGUGACAAUAAGGGACGUGUUAUUGGUCUUGACCUUAGUGGAGAACAUAUCAUUGGCGGAUUUAACAAUUCAAGUAGUCUUUUUAGUCUUGUACAUCUCCAGAAACUGAACUUGAAUGACAACUAUUUCAAUACUUCCAUUCCAUCAGGAUUCAGCAAGUUGGAGAAGUUGACAUAUCUGAAUUUGUCAAUGGCUGGAUUUUUAGGGCAGAUUCCUGCUGAGAUUUCACAGCUUACAAGGUUGGUAACUCUUGAUCUCUCUUUCAUUUCCUACUCGACAAAACCUCAGAUCCCAAAUCUGCAAAAGUUUAUCCAAAAUCUGACCAAAAUUAGGAAAUUGUAUCUUGAUGAUAUAAGUAUAACAUCUCAAGGACAUGAAUGGAGCAACGCUUUGUUUCCGUUGCGUGACUUGCAAGAGUUGAGCUUGUAUAACUGUGAUCUAUCAGGACCCCUUGAUUCUUCCCUAACAAAACUAGAGAACCUUUCAAUCAUUAUUCUUGAUGGUAACAAUUUUUCAUCUCCAAUUCCAGAAAAAUUUGCAAAUUUAAAAAACCUUACCACCCUCCGUCUUUCAUAUUGUGGAUUGAUUGGAACAUUUCCACAAAAGAUCCUUCAUAUUGAAUCACUGACUAUUCUUGACAUAUCAUUCAACUUAAAUCUCCAUGGUUCAUUUCCAGAAUUUCCAUUAAAUGGAUCUAUCCAUUCUUUGUUGGUAGGUUUCACAAGCUUCUCGGGAGAAAUUCCAUGCACUAUUGGUAACAUGAGAAACUUAUUUGAAUUGGAUCUUUCAAACUGUCGAUUUUAUGGAACACUUCCCAAUUCAAUGUCAAACCUUACACACCUUACCUACCUACAACUUUCUAAUAAUUAUUUAAGUGGUACACUUCCUUCAUCCCUUUUUACACUCCCAUCCUUAGAGGAGAUUUGGCUUCCAUUCAACCAGUUUAGUAAAUUUGACGAGUCGAUAAAUGUGUCUUCCUCUGUAUUGAAAGCCCUUUCUUUAAAAAGCAAUAAUAUAUCUGGGCGUUUUCCUACUCCCAUCUAUCAGAUCCAUUCACUUAUUUUCCUUGACAUUGCCUUUAAUAGGCUGAAUGAUUCACUACAACUAGAUGGGAUUUUGGAACUUAAAAAUUUAAUUAAACUAGACCUUUCAUACAACAACAUAUCAAUCAAUGUGAAUGUUACAAAUGUAGGUCAUAUUUCCCUUCCUAACAUUAGGUAUAUUAAUUUGGCAUCCUGCAACUUGAAAACUUUCCCUAACUUCUUGCUAAAUCAAUCAACAUUGAUCUUUCUUGACCUUUCACAUAACCAAAUUCAAGGAAAAAUACCAAACUGGAUUUGGGAACUACAAUAUCUUAAAGUCUUUAAUAUUUCUAACAAUCUUCUCUCUCAUUUGGAAGGACCUUCACAAAAUAUCACUUCACACUUGAUGUUUCUUGAUAUUUCCUUCAACAACAUUUAUGGAACAAUUUCACCAGCUUUAAUCACAAUGACUAGUACACUUUUGGCAAUAAAUUUAAUGAAUAACAAUCUCAAUGGUGUUAUACCCGAUAUGUUUCCGACUUCUUGUGCCUUAAGCACUUUAAACUUCAAUGGAAAUCGGUUACAUGGGCCAAUUCCACAGUCUCUCUCUCACUGCUCAUCAUUAGAGGUAUUAGACAUCGGAUCAAAUCAACUUUUUGGUGGAUUUCCAUGCUUUUUGAAAAACAUACCAACACUUAGUGUCUUGGUUUUGCGGAACAACAGAUUGCAUGGUUCCAUAGAAUGUUCACAUUCCCUGGAAAAUAAGCCUUGGAAAAUGAUUCAAAUUGUGGACAUAGCUUUCAAUAAUUUCAAAGGAAAACUUCCAGAAAAAUUCUUCACAGCGUUGGAAAAAAUGAUGCAUGAUGAAGAUCAUGGUUUAUCAGGAUUCAUUCAUGCAGGGACAGUAUACUAUUUUUAUCAGGAUAGUGUGACAGUUUCAACUAAAGGUCAACAAUUGGAGUUUGUUAAAAUUCUAAAAAUAUUCACAGUCAUUGAUUUCUCAUCCAAUCAUUUUGAAGGAUCAAUACCAGAAGUGCUGAUGGACUUCACAGCGAUUCAUGUUCUCAACUUUUCAAAUAAUGCUCUCUCUGGUGAAAUUCCAUCGACUAUUGGGAAACUAAAACAGUUAGAGUCAUUGGACCUCUCAAACAAUUCUUUGGUUGGUGAAAUUCCUAUGCAGAUUGCAAGUUUAUCAUUCCUUUCUUGUUUGAACGUCUCCUCUAAUCGUUUGGUGGGGAGGAUUCCAACAGGUACCCAACUCCAGUCAUUUCAAGCAUCUGCAUUUGAAGGAAAUGAUGGGCUAUAUGGUCCUCCAUUGACUGAAAAACCAGAUGUUACACAGGACAUGCCACCACAACCAUCAUGUGGAAGACUAGUUUGUUCUACUAACCGAAAGCUUUUAAGUGUGGAAUUGGGAUUUGUUUUUGGGCUCGUAAUCAUCAUUGGUCCUAUCAUGUUUCGGAAAAAAUGGAGGGUGGGAUAUUGGAAACUUGUGGACAAAAUUCUUUGUUCGAUCUUUUCAAGAGUGUAUCUUGAAUAUGCAACUAAUAAAGGACAAACAUACACAGUUUUAAGGUGGCGAUAUCGUUAGUUCUAUUAUGUUGUUUUUUGUGUUUAUUUCUUUUCGAUGAUAUGUAUUGGACCUUUAAAGAUACAUUCUAUUAAGUUUAAAUAAAGUAGUGUCAUUUUGGGAGUAAUAGUUAUACAUGUUUAGACUGCACCAACUGUUGCAGGUUCUCUUUGUUCUCUUUCUGUGUUUGUUAUUGAUUUUAAAGUCUGAUUGUGUAUUAUGUGUUUGGCUAUGUUUCAUAGACAUUUAUUAUUGAUAGUUUAUGGAAUAUUAUGGAACACUUUCACAAAUUUAAAUUGAUAAAGGCUUUGUAAGUUUUGAGUUCGAACUGUUUAUUGUCCAUUUGUUGGAACAAAGUUUUAAAUCUAUUGAGAUUAUUUUGUAGGAAAAAAAAAACUAUUGAGAUUAUUAAUUAUGCAUAUUCAAUUUAUUCUUUUGGUAUUAAUCCUCUGGUUCAUAGGUGAAGGGGGUCCAUUAAUUUAGAGUUCAACCGCAAGGUAAGUAAAGUCUAACCAAUAAUUGAACUCGAAUUCUUCCAAACAAUUCGUUCUAGAAGGAGUUCAUCAUUAACCACUUCAACUCAAUGUCUUGAUUAAUUAUGCAUGUUUAAUUGCUACUGCAUAAUUAAUAAGGAU